CAUACCUGCACGUAUAGCUCGGCUAUAAACAGACUCAGUCUCAUAAUCUUUACACAUAGCUACCUCAUGCAAUUAUGCCAGGAUCCAAGUCAUCAAGUCUGUGUGCAGUAGCUGUCUUAGCGAUAGCGCAAGUUUUGACUGUUAACUCAACACUAUGUAUAUCUUGCACGGCACCAUUACCGUACCUACAAAAGAUAAUUUCCCACCCUGCUAGAGAAAUCCGAUAUGAAACUGUCGCAGACUUACAAAACCCACUAUGGUGCAUCGAUGGAGUCAGUGCAAUAUCAAGUCGUCUUGAUAGGUUUGGUGACAUUGAAGCACCAGAGGGACACAUUCUUACAUAUACCAAUCCUUUAUCAAGUGAUGUGGCCAAUAAUAAGGUGCUGUAUUUAGUUGAUCAUGCAACGAACAGUUGCACUGAUAUCAACAGUGCAGUGGAAAUAUCUUCAGCAGUUGGAAAUAUAAGCUCAGCCAUUUUGAUAAUGUUACACAUUGUCGAAGCUACCUCAUGUCCUAAACCACCACCCCUAAUGAACGGACGAGUGAGCACCACAAUCGAAGAGGACAAUAGUAGAGAAAUCCACACAGCUGUCUACAGUUGUGAUGCAGGAUAUUACCUGGAUAGCAACGAGACAAGAGAAUGUGUGAGAGAGAUUGACGAACAGAUUGGACAAUGGACGAGUUCACCACCAGCUUGCAUUUCUAUUACAUGUGAAGUGCCGACAAUAGCCAAUGGUACCGUUACCAAUAGUGCUUUUGAUUCUGACGAAAUGCAAACAAAUGAAACUGUAGAAUACGGAACUGAAAUAAUCUAUCGUUGUAAUGCUGGAUUCAGUCUAGCUGGAGAUUAUCUACCAAGAACUUGUCGCCAGAGUAACAACAGUGGCGUAUGGAGUGGUACAGCAUCAUAUUGCAAGCCUAAUAAUUGUACACAACUAUCUGAAAUCAAUUAUGGCCUCAUGCCUGAAUAUCAGGAUUCUAACGACACAGCUCUAAACAGUUUGAAUCAAGUUGCCUUCUCAGUGGGAACUAUCGCUAGCUACGGUUGCCAGAGAGGAUACAAGUUAAGCGGCAAUGGAACAAAAGAGUGUCUUCUUACUGGAGAGUGGAGUAGUCCAGGAAGUGUUGAAUGCAAAGUGAUAGAAUGUCCUCAUUUGGAAAAACCUUUGAACGGAUCUAUAAGUUUCAGCAGCAAUUUGACAGUUGAUGGAGUGGCAGAGUACACAUGUAAUGAUGGCUACAAACUAGACAGAGGGAGUGCUAACAGAACAUGUUCUUUAGAUAAUGAUAAUACUACUGCCACUUGGGAUGGUUAUCCUGCAGUAUGUACACAGAAUAGUCUUAUUAGUAAUAUGCAAGAAGCAUUGAAUGGGACUAUGAAUAAUGGGACACAGAACUGUGAACCAGAACACUCAAAAGAAGUCAAUGACAUUUGGAGAGCAAUAUCAAUUGUCAUGGGGGUUUUGUUGUUGCUAUUUGGAAUUCUUGGAUUAGCAGUAUUCAUCUGUGUCAGGAAAUCAAGGCAAACGAAGGAAUAUCCCAUACACAAUAACGAAGCAAUCACACACUGUCCGGAUGUGAUUGUCAAUAAUAAUGAACUUUGAGAAAGAAAUACAGAUAAUUGACUGUGAGGGUGUGACUUAUACAAACUACAAAGAACACUACUGUUAAUACGGGUAUUGACUCUCACAACAACAUGAACUACCUGUACAGAAUGUUCACACCAUCUAAUAGUACAUGUGCAGUGUCUUGCAUUAUAAUUAUGUUACAUACCAGA